AGAUCUCGGGAGAUGACGCCGGCCAUCACAUGACUCACCAGAGCCAAGUAAGGAGUACAUCCCGCGGGGCUAAGAGAACGCGAUCGCAAAUAAAGUUGCGAUCACAUGAUCCCACCCCACCUCCUAGUAUGCGGAUGACUAUCUCGCCAUGGUAACCGGGAGAUGACGUAAGCCAUCACAUGACCCGCCAGAACCAGAUAACCUUUGGAGUGACCAAACCCUUGAAGCUGAUCCUAAACUUCCUCCAGGAUGGAGGACUAUCCGUGACACUUCUGGGACUUAUUACUGGCAUGUGCCAACAGGGACCACUCAGUGGCAGCAUCCAAUGUACAAUCCAGAAAUACCUAAUAGUUUAGAUGCUAUUCCGGAAAAGAGAGUUCAUAGGCUGUCAAUCACUAAUGGUUCUCCUGCUCAGCCUUUUCCUGGCACAGCAUCUGCUUCAGACAGGAGGCCUUCUCUUCAAUGGCAUGAUGAAGAUUUAUUUCGCAAUAUCAAUGAACCAGGAAGUAAGAGCUUUGCUGUUCAUUGUCUCGGGUGGGUUGAAAUUCCAGAAGAAGAUCUGGCUCCUGGGAAGAGCAGUAUUACUGUUAAUAACUGCAUUCAGCAGCUUGCCCACACUAAAUGUGAUGGCAGCGACAUGUCAAAUGAGGGACAAAAUAUGGUUAUGAUUUUGAAGAAAGAUACAAUGAGCUUGGUGGAUCCAUUAGAUCACAGUUUAAUACACUCUCAACCCAUCAUCAACAUUCGAGUAUGGGGAGUUGGCUGUAAUAAUGGAAGAGACAGGGACUUUGCAUUUGUGGCUAAUGACAAAGACACCUGCAUGCUGAAGUGUCACGUGUUCCGUUGUGAUAUGCCAGCCAAGGCCAUUGCCAGUGCCCUCCAUGACAUGUGCUCCCAGAUUAUGGCAGAAAAAGCAGUGGCUAACAAUACCAUGACCCGCUCUGUUACCUUAGAGACAAUCUCCCCAGAAGACUUACCUGUACAAGUUGAUAUUCUGGAUACUGUGCGAGAGUCCAUUCAGAAAUAUGAUGUGCUUUACCUUGGCAGCUUGCCCGUCUCAAAGCCAAUGGGGAUGGAAGUGUUAAAUGAUACAAUCGAGAACAUGAUCAGUACUACCCUCAGGGAAGAGUGGACGGAAGCUGUCAUUGAUGUGACAGACACGGUGCUGACUGUAAACCACAGAGAGGCUGCAGAAGAGGAACUUCUCUGGCAGUGUCAAGUUCGCUAUGUUACAUUUAUGGGGAUUGGAAAAGACCCGCACACAUUUGCGUUAAUUGUGGAUACAGGCAAACAGUCCUUCCAGUGCACAGUGUUUUGGUGUGAACCAGAUGCUGGACAUGUAUCUGAGGCUGUGCAGGCUGCAUGUAUGGUUCAGUAUCAAAAAUGUGUGGUAGCCUCAUCAUCAAGGAUUAAGUCAAGAGGUGGACCUGGAAAAUCUUUCUUGAGAAUUAAGAGGACUGCAUCUGUUGACUCCCCAAUCUCUACAUUCAAUUCGGCAGGUCACACUCUUCAGAAGAACGGGGGAACAAGUAAAAGAAGAGGAGUCAUGGCUUUCUUUGAAGCAUUUAAGCAGAGGCAUGUCAGGCAUACUCCUUAGAGUAGGUAGUGAUGUAGGAAAGGUCACCUCUUUUAGCUACUUGCCUGUUUUCUAGAUAUUUUAGAAUGUUGUUUUCUGUCAGAUUUAAUACAUAUGUUUAUUAUAUCUACUUGACUACAGGCAAAUUCAGGUGCUGUAAUUCUAUAUGCUAUGUUACUAAUGUUAUAGUACACAAGAAAUGAUCAAUGAGCAUAGACUGCAGACUGUGGGUCUUAGGUAGAGUAACCAAGGGCAAAAAGUGAAAAUAAAUUUUUGAGCAAUAUAAAAAAUAAAGUACCAAGCAUCCUUCAAUGAAGCAAUAAGAUCCUUGAGGUUCUCUCAAAAUGUGUUCUCCUUAACGUUGACACCCAAAUAGCUUUACUAUGAUCCCAUUGAUUAUUGGUUUAACUAUAUAAUACAUCUCUGUAGCAGGUGGAGUUGUCUGACCUCUCCCAAAAUUCUGACCACCAUAAAAAAAUAUAUAAAACACUCUAUAUCAGUGUCCAGACUCUUGUCCCCUCUGUUUCUGGUAUCUGGUGUACCAGGAGUGAUGACAUCUCAUCCUUGGUCUCAUGACUACUGCAACCAACCGCUGGCUUCAGCUGUGACAUGUUUCCAAGUGGCAAUAAAAAUGUUAGACCUAGAAAAAACAUGGGAUUAACAAGUGAACAUUAAUUUAAAAGUGCAAGGAUAUAUUGGACACAUUCAUGUUAGACAGUCUUAGGGUAUGGCCACAUGUUCAGGUUGUUUAUGCAGUUUUUCAAGCCAAAACCAGGAUUGGACUAAAUAAUGAGAGAAGUAGUAUCUGUCUAUAAUGCUUUCUCUUCUUUUAUGAUCCACUCUUGAUUUUGGCUUCAAAACUGCAUUAAAAAAAACUGAAUGUGUAGUAGCACCCUAGGGGUACUAAUUGACGGGCUACUUCUCCAUACUGCGCUUUGCAAAAAAAGGUCUUUAUCAUGUAGAGUAUAGGCUAAUGUGUUCUGAGACCGUCAGCCACGCACCUAUACUGGUGAGUGCUAUGCUUUCUUUUGUUCUGUUAAGUGGGUUCCACCCCCCUCAUCAAGCAACUCUCUUUUGCCCUUGAGUGCAACCAAUUUUCCACUAAUUUUGAUACUUGAGACCAGCCUAAAAAACACCCAAAAGUCAUUGAAAUUUAGGUACUGGUUUCAAACUGGUUUAGGGUGGAUUCAAACAUAGGUUUAAUGGUAGUUGUGUUUUUUUGCACCUGUGGUUUUUGGUGUGUUUUUGAAGUAAAAACACCAGCUUCAAAUGUUCGCUGAAAGCUUAUGAAAAAAUGCAGGACACAAGCAUUUUUUGUUGUUACUGACAUUUUUGCUAAUUAGAUGGUGUUUUAUGUGUCACUGCCUUUUAAAAGAAGACUCAGUAUGUUCAAACUUUUGGUGUUUUUUUUUCUGGCAUUUGGACAUCUACUUUAUUAGGGGAAAAAGCAUGGCUCACUCAAGCGCUUGACAUGGUGUUAUUACAGGGGUCUAAGGCUACACAACAGUGAAAAAAUGGACAUGUGAUGAAUGUUUUUUUAACAGUCAUCACACGUUUAAGACCAAUGGUAGUCUAUGGCGUUAUUCACACAGCAGUUUUUUUGAUGUUCAGUUAAAAAACAGGCAUAAAAAAAAGAACAUAUUUUAUCUUUUUUCGCUAACCGACUGCCCCCAUACAAUUAUAUGGGUCGGUUUUUAACUUCUGUUUCUCAGAAGGGCAUCAGUGAAAAAAGAUGUCCCUUAAAAAUGGACAGUUUAUGCGUUUUUUACUGACUUUUUUUUCACUGUCGUGUGCAUGUACCCAAAGUGGAAAGCAGAUAAUCACUGGACGAUCAUAACUUGUAGACAAUAAAUUAACAUUGAUAAAAAGAGAACAGGAUAGUAGUUUAGAAGAGGAAGAAGGAUUGCAUGCAUGCGACCGUAUGUUCGGUCUGCAUCUGGUAGGACUUGGGAUAGGACUUUUCUAGAGGUGUUUGGGAAAAAAAUCAUGACAUGGACACGUCCGGUAUCCGCAAUUUGUGGACCACAAAAUGGAUAUGGAUGUGUACAUGGGCCCUUAGAGAAAGGAGAUUUGAGGGAAGAAUCAGGAAGGAAGGAAGGAAGAAACUGAUGAAAAUAGAAAAAAUAUUAGUUCUAAAGAGCGGUACCAGAUGGGAAUAGUGCCUCUACACAGUGAUAGUGCCCGCAACACAGUAGUAGUGCCCAGUUAGUGCCACUUCACAGUAAUAAUGUUCCCUUACUGCUCCUAUGCCCUCACCCUACUUAGUAAAAGUGUCCAUUAGUGCCUCUAAAAAAUAAAAAUUCCCCUUUAUUGCCCUACAUACAGUAAUAGAGCCCCUUGAAAAGGUCCAAAACAGUUAACGUUCUUUCUAUAGUACCCUUUUAUAGUAAGCACCAACACAGUAAAGGUACCCCUUAAGUCCUUCCACAUAGUAAUAAUGCCUCCUAGUCAGGUUCAUGUGGUGUUUUUCUCGAUCACCUGCAGUACACAAUUGGUACCAUGAUAGUUCUGCCUGUGAGUUUUACAUAGAGAGACAAGUUUUAGAUCGAUGAUAUCUAGUGAAGGAACUAGUUACCAUAAAGUGCCUCAAUUCUAGUAGUAAAAAGAUGGAUGUUAUCUGAUAAAUAUGUAAUGAGUGCAAAAUGGCAGCCUCCAGUUGAAAGUCCAAACAUGGCUGUGCCAGGGGAUGGUGGCCUCUAAACAUCUCCUGAGCUGCAAGUUGACCCCACCUGGUGUAAAAAACAAAACAAAUGUAAGGUAAUGUUGAAAUAAUGGAAUUAUGUAGUGAAGUAUACUAUAAUUGCUCAUCCUGAUCAAUGUUUAAAGAGGUUGUCCAGGAUUAGAAAAGCAAGUCUGCUCUCCUUCAAAAAAAAAGUGCCACAUCUGCCCAAAGCCUGUGUGUGGUACUGCUCUUAGUUUUAUGGAAGCGAACUGUGGACUGGUGCGGUGCCGUAUUUGGAUUUUGCAGACGUUUUCUAAUCCUGGGAACCUCCUGAAGGUUACAGAACUGCACUGUAAAAUAUGCUUUACCUGUAAAUACAUGCACCACUAGUUUCUUGGUGGACUGGUUCUUAAUAAAUUUUGAGGCAUUAAAAAAGUG